GCUCUGCCUCGGCACUUCUCGUCGUCGAUCCCGCCGUCUUCCGAUCCCGCCGCCGCCGCCUCCCGUUCCCAACAUGCCUCUGGAAUACGCUCUUCAAUUCCGUGGUCGCUACCCCGAUCCCGGACCGUGGAAGCUGCCCCGCUCGAUCCCCGUCCGCCUCAGCGAGGAGCUCGGCAUUAGCGACCUUCCUGUCCAGCGUGUUCGUCGUUCCAAGAGACGGCCCUAUGUCUUCAACAUCAUGGUUGCUGGCGAGUCUGGACUCGGCAAGACCACCUUCAUCAACACCCUCUUCAACGCUCCCCUCGUUGAGCAGUCCCAGCGCAGUCUGUCGCAGACCCAGACUGUCCAGAUUAACCCCACUACCUACGAGCUGGAGGAAAACGGCGUUACUCUGCACCUCACCGUCAUCGACACCCCCGGCUUUGGCGAUCAGCUCAACCGCGAGACCAACUUCCAGCCCAUCCAGAACUACAUCGAGUCUCAGUACGAUGCCUAUCUCCAGGCCGAGAGAAGCCAGGAAAUGCGCCGCAACAUCCGCGACACCCGUGUCCACGCCCUGCUCUAUUUCAUUCCCCCCACCGGCGGCCACAAGCUGAAGGAGCUCGAUAUUGAGUUCCUGCAGCGGCUCUGCACCAAGGUCAACAUCAUCCCUGUUAUCGGCAAGGCCGACACCCUGACCCCCGAGGAGGCCUCUUCCUUCAAGAAGGCUAUUCUCCAAGAAUUCGAGAAGCACGAUAUUCGUGUCUACCCCACUGCCCACGCCGAGGACCGCGAAACCCUGGUUGAUCUCGAGCGUUACAUGCCCUUCGCUGUCAUCGGCAGCGACACCUUUGUCGAAGUCAACGGCCAGAAGGUCCGUGGACGAACCUACCGAUGGGGUGUUGUCGAAGUCGAGAACGAGAAGCAUUGCGACUUUAUCCACCUCCGCAACCUCCUCAUCAGCCAGAACCUCCAGGAUCUGAUUGAAACCACCCACAGCAUCCACUACGCCCAGUACCGAUCCACACAAAUCCGCGGCAAGGGUCGUCCCGAGUCCUUCCUGGCUUGCGACGACGCUUACGACUCGCGCAUCGAGGUCGCCCAGCGUAACCUGGCCGAUGACAUGCACCGCAAGGAGGAGGCCAUGCGCCAGAUGUUUGUCCAGAAGGUCCGCGAGAAGGAAGCCAGUCUGCGCGAGCGCGAAGAAGGUCUGAGCACCAAGCGACAGCAAAUGAUGGACGAGCUGGAGAAGCUCCGCCGCCAGAUCGAGGUCGAGGAGGCCGCCAUCCACGACUUGCAGACCGGUCGCCGAAUCUAAGUCGCCUCGGUAUAGCAGGCUUGCCCCGAGCCCUUUCGUUAGUUCCGUUCAAUGCAGAAUAAAGCACCAUUAAUUGUCAGUUCUCCCCUCCCCUCAUCCCCGUUCUUGCCUUCAGCCCUUCGUCAGACUGCUUGUUUCUCUUUUUAUUAUGACUCAAUUCACCUCAAGCCGCCUCCAACACCCUGGAUUUUUGUCUCCCAUGCUCGGACCGCCCGUCGGAUCCCGAUUUCCAUCCGCUAUGGACCCGUGGAAAAGGCCGGGUCCGUCUCUCCGUUCCGUUCCGCUCCCUCCGCACCCCUCCCUUCGGUAUCCCACGUUUGUCCUGCGAUUU